AUGGGGUUUUCACCUUUUGAUGAGAAAAAUGAUGAUGAUUUCCUUGAAAUUUUGGAAAAGGAUACAAUAAGGGCUAAUAUUUCUCUAACUAAUGAAGUAAAUCAAAAAAUUCAAAUGGAACGCGAAGAUUCAAACAUAUUGCAAGUAAAUGGAACUUCGUCUGUUAAUAAUAAUUUUAAUAAAACUAUCAAUCCUGAAAUCAAACCAAAACCCGAGGUACUGUCACUUGCGAUGCUUGCUGAAACUAUAACACCUUUGCCAAAACUACAAGAACAGCAACAAUCACCACAAUGGCAGCAAAACGGACAAGACCGAAAAUCCGAGAUUGAUGAAAUGUGGCCUAGUCUUUCAGACGCUUCUCGAAUUAAAGAUAAGGAAGUUAAAAAAGGAGAUGAAAUAGAACUUGGUGCAUGGGGUCAAAUUCCAAAUAUUACCUCAGUUUGGGGUACACCCAAAAAAUGGAAGUCCGAAACAGAGCAAGUAAAGGUUUCGACUGCAUCCGUAUGGAACCCUGACGACGUUCAUAAAUUAAAAUCUACGCCAGUUCCUGAACCAAAAGCCCCUAUGUAUUUCAAGAGAAAGAAAGUGCAACCACUCAUUUUUGACCUCGAUGACAAAGAAGGUUGGGGAGCCCCACCAGAAAAAUAUGUUGCAUGGAGCGACCAACGACAAGGAUAUUGUCAUGAGUUAAUUCAAGAACAGAACGACACUAAGUUCUGGUCUAAAGCUAAUGGCAAAUGGAUCAGUGUUACCGACGAAAAUAAAAUCAAUGAAGAGGAUUUAGAAGAAGAUACUCGAGAUCCUGAACGUCUGGAUGAUAAUAUAUCAAAGAAAGGAAAACGCGUACGCGGCGACGGAAAAACUUGGGAAGCGAUACGUGAUAACUCACGAGCUUUCGAAUCAUUAGAAGAGAAUGUAAGAAAGGAUUUAGAAUCCGAAAACUCAUUUUCAUCGUUCCUACAAAAUUUGAAGAAACCCAAAUCUGAGCGUCUUGGUAAUCCGCGAUGGAAAACAGAAGAGGAAUGGCGCAAGAUUGAAGUUGAUGAUAAACACAGGAUUAAAUCAACAACGACUAAUCUCAGCGACUUAGAGAAUAAUGAGGAUGUCUAUAGAUUAUCCGAAAAUGACGAAGAGGAUGAUAAUGAAACUGACUUGAUAGACACAGAUCAAAUAAAAGAUACUUACGAGACCCCAUUGAACGAACAAAAAGAAGAAGAUAUCUUAUUGCCAAAUAUUGACUCUGGUCAUGGCUCAGAGGAAGAAGCCCUUAACGACAAAGCAAAAGCAAUUGUAAGUGAACUCGAAGAAAAUAAAGAUCAAAUUAAUCUGAUAGAUAUCUCAGUUGAUGAAGUAGCAGCAGUUGCUUCGUUACAGAACCAAACGUUAUUGGAUAAUAAUCAAAGAGAAAUUACAAAUGCCGACCAAAAACUCGAGCAAUUUGAGUUUAUUUCAAAUAAUAAUAAUCUUUCUUUGAUGGACGAGUCAACAAAUCCUAUUAUUAAUGAGAAGGAUGAUAAUAAUAAAGUGGAAGGAAUCACUUCAAAUGAACAUUGCUGUGAAAAAAAUUUCUCUACACGAUCCGUUCCAGAAACCAAUAAUGAAAUUGUUAAUGCUGAUAUUCUUAUCAAAAUGAAAGUCGAAACCCCUAAGGAUGGAAGUCAAUCUCUAAUUGUUAGCAAGAUGGACAACUUAGAACAAGUAGUCGGCGACUUCUGCCAAAAAUGGCAAAUGAAAGAGUUAAAAGAACUGCUGCAAAAUCUCGCCAAAAAGAAACUCAAGUCUAAAUUGAAGGGAAAACAUUCCAGCAGUAAAAAUAUGAUUCCCAGUUCUAAUACGACAACUCUCGAUAGCGUUAUUAAGAAUAAUAUAGUCUCGCCAAUUCCAAAGAAUGAAGAGGAGCAAUGA